AUGUCCCUCCAAGGCAAGGUCGCCCUCAUCACCGGCGCCUCCAAGGGCAUAGGCAAGGCCGUCGCCCUCCGCCUCGCCUCGGAAGGCGCCUCCGUGGUCGUGGGCUACGGCACCGACAAGGCCGCCGCCGACGCCGUCGUCGCCGAGAUAGGCGGGCCGGACCGCGCCGUCGCCGUGGGCGCCGACGCCUCCCGGGUCGCCGACAUCGAGCGCCUCGUGUCCGCGGCGGUCGCGCGCUUCGGCCGCAUCGACGUCCUCGUGCCCAACGCGGGCCGCAUGGCGAUGCGCACCGUCGAGGACACGACCGAGGGCGACUUCGACUCCAUGUUCGCCGUCAACGUCAAGGGGCCUUACUUCCUCGUGCAAAAGGCCCUGCCGCACAUGCCGCCCGGGUCCAAGGUCGUGCUCGUCUCGACCACGGUCGCCGCCUUCAGCAGCGUCGCACCGCCGUACCUGCUGUACGCCGCGACCAAGGGCGCCGUCGAGCAGAUGACGCGCGUGCUGGCCAAGGGCCUCGGGGCCAAGGGCAUCACCGUCAACGCCGUGGCGCCCGGCCCCACGGCCACGGAGCUGUUCUACGAGGGCAAGAGCGAGCAGCUCGUCAAUGCCAUCAAGGGUGCGAACCCCUUCAACAAGAUCGGAGAGCCCAACGACGUCGCCGAGGUGUUUGCGUUCCUGUCGCGGCCCGAGAGCUCGUGGAUGACGGGGCAGGUGGUCAGGGUGAAUGGCGGCAUGGCCUAG